ACAAGAGAGAGAAAGGACGGAGAGAGAAGGACGGCGAGAAGGUAAUCUGAUCCUCUGCCGUUGUUUCUUCAACGGAGCUUCGGUUUAUGUAGCUGCAGAGUUAUAUUCUUGAUGGACAAUGUAACGAGUAUCUGUUGAUUGUUCAGUUUGAAGGAGUUGAUUAAUACCGAUAGCUGAGACGAUAGGACUUGAGAAGUGCUUUCUUGGAAGGACUAGGAAACGGGAAAGGGGUUGAUGGAUAGUACCGAUGAUCUGACUUUUAGGAUUAUAUUUUCUGGAGAUGGGGCUGGAAGGCUGCGUGACCGUGUGAAGGAAAAGCUCAAGGAAUUUAUGGGGGAUUAUACAGAUGACACUCUCGUGGAGUAUGUGAUUGUCCUGCUUAAAAACGGCCGGCGCAAAGAAGAAGCAAGGAAUGAGUUGAAUGUCUUUUUGGGUGAUGAUAGUGAUUCUUUUGUAUCUUGGCUGUGGGAUCAUUUGCGAUCAAAUCUACACCUAUAUGCACAAUCAAGAGAAUCUCGUCCUGAUGAAGUGGCCAAACAGAAACCACAUUCUGAGAAGGAGGAUGGAAGGUCUGAUCUUCCCCACUUGGAUUCUGAACCAGAGGGGGUAAAGUCUGAGAAGUUACCCAAGAGUCGACGAAACAAAGAUUGGAGAGGGGUUAUAAGAGAUCCAGAUGAACCACCGCCACUUCGCAGCGCAGUGAUUGCCAACAUCCAUGCUGAGGAUAAAAGCCAUCAAAGUGGCAGCCAUAUGAAACGAUCACCUUCUCCUCAACCACUAAUUCAAAGAAAAAGAGGUCGGAGUGGCGAACGAGGCCGGACCGAUGAAAGAGGUCAGUCUGAUGAACGAGCACCAGUGAAGCGAGAAGCAGCUCCUAAAUCAACUUUAGGUGCCUCGCGAAGGCUGCUGCAAUUUGCAGUGCGAGACGCAGUUGCCACUUCCAGGCCCACUGGUUUAACUUCAGAGCCAUCAUUGAAGCGUUUGCGUUCUGUAGUUUCUACACCUACCGAGGACUCCCCACUUGAAGAGCGGCGUCCAAAAAUUCGUUCAGUUGCCAGGGUACCUAAUGCUAUGGCGGUUGCCAUUAAAGCUGUAGCAGAUGCUGCUAAAGAUGUUGUAAAAGUCAAACCCUCAGGAAAUGUAUUUGACCGGCUCGGCCGUUGUAUGGAUAUAUCAGAUGGCACUGACCAGUUCACAGAAGAUAGAGAAGUUGCUGAUGAAGAUGAUGGAAAUCACAAGGGUUUUACUCAAAUUACAGAGGCUACUGUUCCAACAUAUCGUGAACAAAGUGACUAUUCUGGGCAAUAUGUUGGGGAUAUUUUAGAACAUGAUGCAGGAAUAAAUUCUGUUGUUGCAUAUGAUACAGAUGGGUAUAACAACAGGAAUGCUCUGUAUCGUAGGGUGAAAGUGGAUCCUUCUCAGAUUGGUACAUCAGGUGGACAAUUGGGUAAUGAUUCUUUGAUGUUGCACUAUGAUGCAACAAGUAUUGUGGAUGGGACUGCUAAUAAACCACACAGAGAUCAGAACACCCCUGUUGCUCUGGCCAAUUCUGCUCCUAAGAUAGUAAAUAUUUCUUCGAAUGUAAAUACCUGGAAACCAUCUCACCAUCCGGAACAAAGGGGGGGUUCACACAUGGACAGUCGGAAACUUGCACAGGACAAUGAGUUGGGUGCAGGCAACUAUGGUGUGCGAGUGAUCAAGGAUGAUAGCAAUCCUGUAACCGUUAGCAAUGGAAAUGGGGUACCUACUAUACAUGCUCAAAGGGAGAUGCAGAAGACACUGUCAUCAACUGGUGUAUAUCCCACUGGUCGACCUACUGAAGACGUGGAUUCCCGCACCAUUUUUGUUAGCAAUGUUCAUUUUGCUGCCACUACAGACAGCCUUUCUAGGCACUUCAACAAGUUUGGGGAUGUGCUGAAAGUGGUUAUAGUAACUGAAGCAGCAACUGGGCAACCAAAAGGAUCAGCUUACGUGGAGUUUAUGAGAAAAGAGGCAGCAGAGAAUGCAUUAUCUCUGGAUGGUACAUCCUUUAUGUCGCGAAUUCUUAAGGUUGUAAGGAAAAGCUCUGCUCAUCAAGAAGCUGCAGCAGUGGUGACAACAACAUGGCCACGUGUCACCCGUGGUUCUCCAUUUGGUGCGUCUAGAUUCGGUAGGGUUCCUUUCCCAAGAGGAGGAGGUGUAUACAGGUCUAGGCUCCCAAUUAAGACUGGUGCUAGGAGCUUGCAGUGGAAACGUGACUCUCAAAACUCAUCAUCAUCCGACAGCAUCCCUAGUCCUGCUCCAACCACCACACGCAGUUUGACUUAUGUUCGAACAGAGGCCAAGACAGAAGGAAAUUCCAACAAUGCCUAAAAAAUGAGAUGUUUUUCUAGCUGAGCAGAAGGAAGGGUUAGUGAAUGAGUUGGUUUAGGGUUUUUUUUGUGGUAUUCUUUUUUGGGUUGGGAUGGGUGUGGUGGGGGUCCAAUUGGGUUUUUUAACAAAAGAGGGAUUUGGUUGGGUGCUGCUGCUACUAUAUAUAUCAAAGAGUAUUUUGAUUUGAGUAGUUUUGAUGUAAUAAGAUAAUGCUGCCUGCUGGGCCAAAUCAGUACCUGAACAGAUGCAUCUCCACGCUCCCUGACCUGCUUGCUAUUCGGAGAAAACGAAAAACGGCA